AUGGAGGCGGUGGCGGACCUCAAGUACCAGCCGGUGUUCCCGAACGGCGGCGUGGCCGCGGCGGCCAAGAAGACGAGGCUCGGGGCGCCGGCGGCCGGCGGCGAGACGGGGGUGUACCGGGAGUGCCUCAAGAACCACGCGGCGAGCCUGGGCGGCCACGCGCUGGACGGGUGCGGCGAGUUCAUGCCGUCGCCGGAGGCCGACCCGGCGGACCCGAGCUCGCUCAGGUGCGCCGCGUGCGGAUGCCACCGCAACUUCCACCGCCGGCUCGCCGAGCUGCUGCCGCCGCCGGCACCGGCUGCUGCCGCGUCGCACGUCAUGCGUGAUAGCCGCACGAUGCGCGGCGAGGAGCAGGCACCGGACGACCGCCUGCCGGCCGCCUUCGACGAGGAGACCGAGGAGGAGUCGGACGAGGGCUCGGAUUUCGACGAGGACCGCCCGCUGUCGGCGCCGGCCUUGGCGCCGCCGCACGGCUACCGCCAGCAGGCCGCGCCGCACAUGCUCCUCGCGCUGAGCACCGGCGCGCCGAGCCCGGGCGCCCAAACCCCCGCGGCGGCGCCGAGGCCGCCGCCGCCGCCGCCCGCCUCUUCCCUGGGCCCGAUGCCGGCGGCGCCCGGAACUGUUCCCGGCGGUGCCGCGGCGGCGAGGAAGCGGUUCCGCACCAAGUUCAGCCCGGAGCAGAAGCAGCGGAUGCAGGCCCUGUCGGAGCGGCUGGGCUGGCGGCUGCAGAAGCGCGACGAGGCGGUGGUGGACGAGUGCUGCCAGGAGAUGGGCGUCACCAAGGGCGUCUUCAAGGUCUGGAUGCACAACAACAAGCACAACUUCGUCGGCGGCCACAGCGCGCGCCGCAGCGCCUCGGCCUCUGCUGCUGCUGCCACGGCCAACGCCGCGGCCAUCCACCACCAUCCGUCCGACGCCGCCGGUGCUGUGUACCCUUCUUCCUCCCACGCCGCCGCCCCAGGACCAGCCGCCGCUGUCCACCACCCUUCCGCCCACGCCGCUCCACCACCGGCCCCUGUCCACGCGGACUUCAAUAUCAACGGCGCCGCCACCGACGCUGCCGACUACUUCCGCGUCCAACCGUCGACGGCGAGUGGUGGCGGCUCGCCGCAGUCGUCCUAG